AUGAAGGGCCCUCUUCUCUUGCCAUCUUUGCUCCUUACCGUCUUUACUGCCGCCGAUGCUUUGAUUUUCCCUCAGGAGGCCUACCACGUGCAAGCUCCUCUCUCAGACACAGUUCCAUUCACUCUCCGCGAUGCCCACAUUGAUGAUGUUGAUGAGUUCAACGUUGUCAAUUACGAGGCUUUCAUACGCAGUGAAGCAUGGCAGUAUAUCUACCAGUUCGCAGACGAGGUUGGGUCUGAGUAUACUUUAGCCUGUCAGCGACAAUUUGUCGAGAAGCUCAUUCGUGACGACACCAAGAGAUAUAAACUCAGAGUUUUAACGGUGCCCGAUUCAUCGUCCGACAGAGGGGAGAGAGUCGUUUCAAUUUCAGGUUGGGACUACGGAAAGACGGGAACCCCGGACCAGCCAUCGCUCUCAUCUUCUUCAUUGAUGAUGUCCGAAGGGGCUUUUCUCCUGCGGGGCGGCGACUUCGAAUCUGGCACAACCUUCAACUGUUCCGCGCACCUUGAUGUCAACACAACCCGUGAGGCAGACUAUGUGAACAAGAUAAAUUCCGCGGUUCGCAAGAACAUUGUGGAACCUUUCAGUCAAUACCUCUACCUCGGAUUACUAGCCACGCAUCCAGACUGGGACGGGAACGGUUUUGCAGCUGAGCAUCUUCACUGGGGCAAGGCCGAGGUCGCCAAGCUCAAUCACGAGGGAGAGGGCGGUGACAAGCGGAUGCCAAUCAUGCUGCUGGGAACACCGGCUGGAUACCCGUUGUACGUGAGUGAGGGGUUUGAAGGACUGAAAAACGUUACGAUCGAGCGACUGGAUGGGAAAGACCCCUUGUGGUAUGAAGUUAUGAAGCUUGAUGAAGCAGAAUGA